GGCCAUGAGACCCCAAUGACCAUCCCUGCAUUUUUUCGGGAGUCAGUCAGCCGAUUUGGGGCCUACCCGGCCCUCGCAACGAAGAACAGUGAACGGUGGGAAACUCUGAAUUUCAACCAGUAUUACGAGGCCUGUCGGAAGGCGGCGAGAGCCUUGAUCAAGCUGGGCCUGCAGCGUUUCCAUGGAGUUGGCAUCCUGGGGUUUAACUCCGUUGAGUGGUUUAUCGCUUCUCUUGGUGCCAUCUUAGCAGGGGGCCUUUGUGUUGGUAUUUAUUCUACCAACUCUGCGGACGCCUGUCAAUACAUCAUUACUCAUGCCAAAGUGAACAUCCUGCUGGUUGAGAAUGACCUACAGCUACAGAAAAUCCUUUCGAUUCCGCGGGGCAGGAUGGAGACCCUAAAAGCGAUCAUCCAGUACAAGCUGCCAAUGAAGGAGAGCAGAGAAAACCUGUACUCUUGGAAUGAUUUCAUGGAGCUUGGCCACAGCAUCCCCGAUUCCCAGCUGGACCAGAUCAUGGAAAGCCAGAGGCCCAAUCAGUGUGCAGUGAUCAUUUACACUUCUGGGACCUUAGGCAUCCCCAAGGGAGUGAUGCUUAGCCACGACAACAUCACGUGGACGGCCGGAGCAGCAGCAAAGAACUGUGGCCUGUCUACUGCUGGCACCUUGAUCAAUACUCUGCAGGAGGUAAAGCCUACUGCCUUCCUGGGGGUGCCCCGAAUCUGGGAGAAGAUGCAGGAGAGAAUAAAGGAAACUGGCGCCAAAUUCUCAAGCCUGAGGAAGAAGGUGUUUUCAUGGGGAAGAGUUAUUGGCUUCAAGAUCCAUACAAAAGGGAUGUUGGGUCACAGGACACAUGAUACUCCCAUAAGCUACCGCGUGUCGAAGGCCCUCGUGUUCAGCAAAGUCAAGAGCGCCCUUGGCCUUGAUCGCUGCCACUCUUUUAUCAGCGGAGCCGCACCCCUCAACCAACAGACCGCUGAGUUCUUCCUAAGCCUGGACAUACCCAUAGGCGAGAUGUAUGGUAUGAGUGAGAGCUCAGGGCCCCACACCGCAUCCAGCCGGGAGAGCUACAGGAUUCAAAGCAGCUGUGGCAAAGUCAUGGAUGGAUGUAAGAACAUGCUGUACCAGAAGAACAAGGACAGCAUAGGGGAGAUCUGCAUCUGGGGCCGGCACGUCUUCAUGGGCUAUCUGGAUAUGGAAGAUAGGACCAUGGAGAUCAUUGACGACGAAGGCUGGUUACACACCGGGGACCUGGGCUACACAGACAACCAGGGCUUCCUCUACAUCACCGGCCGCAUCAAAGGUACUGGGGCUGAGAAUGGAAUACGCCGACUGGUCAGACCUGGCCACGUGCUCAUCCUAGCAGUCCUGGCCCAAACCACAAGCGUGCACGAUGGAGAAGAGUCCCCUACGGAAACAGCAGGGCUGGUUACCCGGAAGAUGAGUCACGGGCAAACACCAGCACAGGUGUCCGUCACACAAUCAUAGUAUUACUACUGCCGCAACAACCUCGAAAUCCUCAUCACAGCCGGCGGUGAGAACGUGGCCCCUAUUCCCAUUGAGAACAUGGUUAAAGAGAAGAUUCCCAUAAUCAGUCAUGCCAUGUUAGUGGGAGAGAAGGCAAACUUUCUAAGCAUCCUGCUGACACUGAAGUGUAAGAUGGACGGGACAACUGGAGAGCCACUGGACGAGCUAAGCUCGGAGGCCAUCAACUUCUGCCGGCAACUGGGAAGCCACGUGUCCACCGUCUCUGAGAUUUUGGAGCUGCAGGACCCCCUGGUCUACAAGGCCAUCCAGGAGGGCAUCGAUGCCGUGAAUGAGGAAGCCAUCUCCAACGCACAGAGGAUCCAGAAGUGGGCCAUCCUGGAGAAGGACUUUUCUGUCCCCAGUGGAGAGCUGGGGCACGCCUCCUACACUGCCGCCAUCUUGUCCCUGGAACACAUCAUCAUCUGGAGUUACCCCAUGUAUUGGCUGAUUUUGCUGGGCCUGGAACGCUUCCACAGCGUGGGGAUCAUGGGGUUAAACUCCGAGGAGUGGGUCAUCGCGAGCAUUGGUGCUAUCAUGGCUGGAGGCUUCUCCGUUGGCAUCUUGUCCACCAACUCUCCAAAAACCUGCCAGGUCAUCGCCGAAAGCUCGGAGAUGGACAUCUUUGUGGUGGAUAAUGACAGACAGCUGCAGAAAAUCAUCCAGAUCCAGGGCUACUUGAAGCACCUCAAGGCCAUCGUCCAGUACAAGGAGGAGAUCCGGACCCGGCUGCAGAACCUGUAUUCUUGGAGAGGCUUGCUGGACCUGGCAGACGGCGUCUCGGAAGACACGCUAAACCAGGUCAUCGACUCCCAAAAGCCCAACCAGUGCUGUGCGCUGCUCUACAGCAUGUCGAUCGCCGGCCCCCCAAACUGUGGGAAGUCCCUCCCCAGCACCCGCACCAAGACCCAGAAAGAAGAUGGGGAUGGCAUUGGGGACAUCCACAUUUGGGGCCGGAACAUCUUCAUGGGGUACCUCGACGAUGAGGAGAAAACCCAGGAGAAGAUUGAUCUCCAUGGCUGGCUGCGCACGGGGGACCUGGGCUUUUUGGACGAUGACGAAUUCCUCUACGUCACGGGCAACGAAAGGGUGAGCAAGACCAGGCUGCAGGAUCUCAUCACCCUCAGUUCAGGUGAGAAGAUCAACCCGAACCCCAUCGAGGAGCGGGUGAAGAGGCACAUUCCCAUUGUCCGCUACGUCGUGCUGGUGGGCCAGGACGCCCCAUACCUCUGUGCCCUGCUCACGCUCAAGGGAGGCGGACUCUCCAGGGCUGCCUCACCUGCCCGUGGGGACUCUGUCAGCAGCACCCACACCACCCCGUGCUUGCGACGAGUCCGCGAGUCCUUCUUAGCACGGCGCCUGGCCUGUGGCGAGCCCUGCUGCAUUCUUACCCCCAAGUCGUCCUUCACUGCGUCGUGGGGGCUGGGAGCCGUGGGAGCCACUCCAGAUCCUGCUUCGGGAGCUCUGAUCAGAAACUGUCCCAGAAGACUCGCAGAAUCUUUCUCCGAUAGGAAAGAUAGGGCAGGGGAGGCCAUUGCCCUGAUGCUGGAAAUAGAAAUUUUGGCUACUGCCAAGAAGAAAGGCUCCUGA